CACGAGCCGUACAUGACAGUUUAGUUCCCGUUGUGUCCGCCAUAUUCCUUUGCGGAAUUUUGUUAUCAAACAGCAGUUUGGUGAAAAUAAGUUUAUUAGUGAUUUUGUGGAUGAUAAACAAUGGCUAUCGUAGAGGACGAGGUUCGGAACGAGUCUGAAGAAGAGAAUGAGAUAGAAGUUGUCGUCGAAGAGGACGAUGGCGACCAAGAUUCCGACGAUUCUGAUGAUGAUGAUGAUGAAGAGGUGUUGGAAAGGAAAGUGGCGGAGUUAGAUCGGCGCAUCGCCGAGGACCCAUACAAUUAUGAUGACCAUAUUGAGCUGAUCCAAGCUUUGUGGAGUCUCUCGGAGCUGGACCGCUGGCGCGAAGCGUUCGAGCGUCUGCAGCAGAUGUCUGCGCUGAAGGCGGAGCACUGGCGUCUGCGGCUGCAGACCGAGGAGACGCUGGCACAUUCGCAGAACUCGCGCGACCGCAUGGCCGAGUUGUUCCAGCAGGCGAUGCUCGACUGUUAUUGCAUCCGAAUCCUGAGCGACUGGUGUUCCUGGGCGUUGAGUUCGGGCGACGCCGUGUCCGCGCGGGAGCAGAUCGACGAGGUGCUCCGCCGCGCCGGCGCAGACCCGCUCUCCGGGAAGAUAUUCUGGGAUGCCAAGCUUGAGCUGGAGAAGGCGCAGCUGGCUACCAUGAGCGAGGACGACUCAGAGUACAAGACACAGCAGGAGCGAGUGCUGUGGUGCCUCGAGGAGACGGUGUCGCGGCCGCUGCUGCGCGCCGACGAGGCCUGGCACCACUUCGAGCAGCUGGCCAGCGAGCAGAGGGAGCAGGAGUAUGUCGAUAAGGUGAAAAAACAACAUGAAGCAGCUAUGGAUUAUUUACAGAAAAUAACGCCGUAUGAGGACAAAUUACUUACUUUGGAUAACCCAGAUGAGAAAUUCAAAGUGUACCAGGACUACAUAGAGACGUUGAAGGAGUUGGCAAACGAUGAUAAGUAUGCCGAGUGUGAUAAUCAUGGGAUUUUGAAGGUGGUGUACGACCGCGCGACGUCGGAGUGCUUGUCGUGCGCAGGCGCAGGCGAGCUGCUGUUGCAGUAUGCACGCGCGGUGCACGCGGCGUCCUCGCGCGCCUCGUACUGGCGCGUGCUGCAAGCCGCCGCACGACGCAAGCCCGCCGUGCAUACAUUCUGGACCUUGCAGAUGCACCAGGCUGAACAUGAGGAAAGGGACUUUGAGGAGGUAAAAUCAAUCUUCGAAACUGCACUAUCGAAAGGCAUGGAGUCGUACAAGCAAGCGGAAUCUCUCUGGAUGAGUUACCUGGAGUACAUCCGGCGACGCACCAGCUUCGACAACGAGGCGGAUGUGGAGCGACUCCGGCGCACCUUCCGGCUGGCGUGGGACGCGCUCGCGGCGGCGUGGGGCGAGGAAGCGAAUGACUGUGAGGUGCCUUUGUACUGGGCGCGACUGGAAUACAAGUUCAUGAACGAUCCCAAACAGGGCAGGGAGAUAUUCGAGGAGCUCUUUAAGUACGGAGAGAACAAGACCAUGUGCAAGUACUGGGAGGCGCUGAUCCAGCUGGAGAUGGCGCGCUGUGGCGGUGGCAAUGCUAGUGGUGGCGGCGGCAGUGAGAACAAGCUGCGCGCGCUGCUGCGGCGGGCGCUGCGCUCGGUGCGCGACUACCCGCCCGCGCUCGCGCGCCUCUGGACCGACUACGAGCGCGACUGCGGCGCGCUGCACACCGCCAGGGAGUGCUACGAGGCGUGCGAGCUCAAAUUAAAAGAAUGGCGCGAAAGCUAUCAAGCGAUGAAGGACAAGAUGAUUGGCAACAAACAGAAGGGCAAACAGAUUGACAACAAAAAGGCGAAGUUUGACAAUAAAAAGAACAAGAAUGACGGCAAACAGAAGAAAGGGAAACGGAAGUCGGACGGUGGUGACGAAUCUGGCGCCGUUAAAAAAAAGAAAGACACCAUGGAGGUCGACGAGGAGAAAGGUGAUGGCAAAAAUGGAGUCAAACGGUCACAUGAGGAAGAUAAUGAAGAAGAGACAGAAAGCAAACGCCAGAGGCGGGACGAAUCGACUGAAACGCUGCCCGCUGGAAGGGAAGCGUGUACUUUAUUUGUUAGCAAUCUCGAUUUUAAAGUAAAUGAAGAUAACUUAAACAAGAAACUGUCUGAAUUCGGCGACAUCGUGUCGCUGCGACUGAAGUCCGGCGUCAAAGCGUUCGGCGGAUCGAUAUGUUACUGCCAAUACAAGACUCCAGAAUCAGUAGACGCCGCGCUGAAACACGACCGCAGCCCUCUCGACGGGCGGCCGAUGUUCCUCUCACGGUACGCAGCAUCCAAAGCCAAGCCGACGUUCAAGUACCCCACCACGGCGGAGAAGAACAAGCUGUUUGUGCGCAACCUGCCAUACUCACACUGCAACAAGGACGCGUUGAAGAAAAUAUUCGACGUGAACGGACAUCUGAAGGACAUACGGGUGGUCACUUUCAAAGACGGCAAACCAAAAGGCCUGGCGUACAUAGAAUACGACGACGAAAAGUCAGCGGCAGAGGCGUUGUCGAAAACCGACGGACUCUCCGUCGCCGACAAGAACAUACAGGUGGCGCUCAGCGCGCCGCCGCCGCGGGACCCCGGACCCCCCGGACACGAGACCAGCCUCGGGCAAGGGAAACGGGACGCGGCCGGAGGGAGAAGGACGCAACUAAGUAGUUUUAUACCGAGCGUUCUACAGAAAGCGUCGACGAGUAAAGCUGCCAACGGUAACCAUAGCAACGGCGACAACAAGCGGCCGCUCAGCAAUAGCGACUUCCGCUCGAUGCUGCUCAAGAAAUAAACUAAUGAGGAAGAAUACCAGCAUUGUAAUUUACAAACUAACCUCCUCGCAGGUUUACUCAAAAUAUAGAUUCCAAACGAUGGCCUUUAGAAGUGCGGGAAAAUGCUGUUUUGUGAUUGGUCGUGCGCCUGAGAAUAGUGUACGUGCGUAUGAGCAGAAGAAAAUGAAAUUCGAUCAAAUGGACUUUUAACUAAGUGCAAUAUAAAUUACAUGUUCGGCUACUAUCGGAAGACAGUGUUAUUUUGUAUGUAAACUGUUCCUGUAUUUUGGGUAAAACUGUACUUUAUAAACGCAAUAGCAUUUUAACUAUUACGUGUUUUGUGUCUCAGCAUACGAAAGCGACAAAACAUUCAAUAGCUAAAAAUAUGUGUUAUGAGGGGUGGUGUUUUGUCUCUUUCACUCUUGUAGCUUUCUACAUAAGCUAGAAAACUACAUGACAAUAUAGCGCUGUUCGUUUGGAUAGCUUGUAAGAUGGGAUUCGAUGUUUUGAUCAAAUCGGGCUGUGAGGACCAAAGUGGCUUAAAAUGGUGGACUAGUGUCGCCAUCUGUGAAUCAGGCGUUUAAUGUACGCAAUAACCUUGUUCUAAACAUGUAUGCAAAUGUACUAUUUAUCAAUUAUGUUGCAUUUUGAAUAAAAAUUUUAAUAUCAAUAAAUUUUGUAACCAUGGUAAUCUGUAUGGUUGUUUUACAAAACAGAUUUUCGUAAAGGCUUUUAAAAUAUGUAAAUAUUUGUUUGUACUUUACAUAGUAAUUACGUUUUUUAAAAAUAUGAAAAAUGCUUUGUUAUGGAUGGAAGACCGGAUAUUUUGUACCAAAAUAGAUAGCUGCUUUUGAGAUAAUGCCCAAAAUUGUUUGGUAUUUUUCUUCGGGUGUAUUGUCAGUUGUGUGGACAGCACUUAUUGUUUUAAGGAGUUGAGGUACUAUUUGUCAUACAAAGACAAUAUAAUACGUAGACCAAUGUAAGAGCCUUAUCAAUAAACAUUUUUGGAUAUAAAAUAAUCAGUGUUUUGACUGUUUUCGACAAUGAACAAGGUUUAAACAGUGGUUACUUUAAUGUUUAUUGCUAAGAUGUACUUUAAGUAAUAGAUGUAAGAGCUGACUUUGGUUCUCACUAUUUAGUUUCGGUACGUUUUGGCGACUAGUCAGUCAGUCAGUCGUCAGUCAGUCAGUCAGUCGGUUUGACUCGAAGUUGUGUCCCAGUGCAUAUUACGUUAAAUCCUAUAUUUUGUUGCGGCGUGAAUGUAUGAUUGGUGGUAAUAGAUAUUGUUUUACUA